UCUCGUUUGCUGGCCUCCGAGAGGGGCAGAACUCACCAGCCCUGAUUUGAUCAUUGAUUUACUACAUGGAGCCGUCGAGAGUUUAGACCCUGAGCAUAGGCCGCACCAUGAUAUGCGGGGGUGAGUCCGCGAUGAGAAAACGAGUCGUUACAAGUAAUGUGAUGGAAGAGGUCAGCGGGAGGUUCUCAGAUCUGAUUCCAGUGGUGCCAUCUCUGUGGAAGUCAGGCUUCGCCCCUCCCACUGCUCACUAACGUCACCUGUACCCAGUCCGGACCACCAUGAAGCCAGCCCAAGAGCGCAACCAGGAGUGCCUACCGCCGAAGAAGCGAGAUCUUCCGCUCAACAACACCCCAACCACCCCCAACAGCAGCAAUAGUGCAGGAGGUGGUGGAGGAGGAGGAGGAGAGGAAACGGCAUCCGCACAGAGCUCUGGAGCAUCUGGAGAACCCCAGGGGGGAGGAGGCAGCACAGAGUGGGUGCGGACUCAGCCUAGCCUGCACUAUGGAGUGGAGGGGCCAGACAGCCUUGCAGGGCUCCCUGUGGAUCAGUACAGCAUGCUGUACAAAGUAGCACUCCCCUCUGUCACCUACUCUCCCACCAGUCUCCACCCUGUGCUCAGCCACAUCUCUCCCGCCUACACGGUUCCCUCCCCUCUGUUGCAGCAUGCCGGCAUCCCCUAUCCCCCGCUCGGCUACACUCCGGUCCCCCACUCUUCUCUGCAGUUUGUCAGCUCUCCUUAUGCAGCCGCCGUUCCCUAUGCGGUGCCCCCGGGCUUCGUGCCCAGCCCAUUGAUAUCACCCCAGUCUGCCAUUCCACAGCCACACCCAGUCUCUCAUCUUGUCCCCUAUUCAUCAGUCAUUCAGGAAGGCGUGGUCUCAUCCCCCCCACAGCAGCAGGUGCCGGGCCAUGCGUACGCUAAAGUGGCGGCGCCCACGACCCUCCCACUCGUGCUGUCCUCCGAGCAGGCCGCAGCGCAGCAGCAGCUGGGCGCCGUAGGGGUGCUGCCUGCUGCCGAGCUCAGCCCCAGGACGGUGCCCGUCUUCUACCAGCCCUCUGGCAGUGCCAGGGCUACCCAUCUUCAGCGGGACCCCCACGGCUGUCUGCUGGAGCAGGAACGAGAGGUGAACGGAGGGGAGAGGGAGCACGAAGGUAGGGAGCACCACCAGGACACAGCUUACUUGGCCCGGAGUGUGCGGCCACCCCAAGCCGCACCUGGUGGGGUUAUAUUGGAGCUCCAGCCAGACAGGAUACAGAAGAGCCGCAGGCAGGAGGGCAGAGCUUCGCCCGGGCAGCGCAGUACCCCAGACAUGGACCUGGAGGUUCAGCAGGUGGUUGGACGGCUAGCUUCUCCAGUCCACAGUGCGAGUCGCAGAGAGGUAACACAUGGCCCAUCCCAGAAUUCCCAGCGGAGCAGAGAGGUUCAGGGGGAGGGCAGGACUGUGUAUGGGACCUCCCCGGCUGGCCAGCUGGACCUCAGAGCCCCACCUCUUCAGCAACAGACAGUGCAGCCAGGCCACGCUGUGAUCCUGGCCAACGGGCAGCCGCUCCUUGUACCCCUCGACUACCACCACCAACAGCAGCAGCAGCACUAUCCAGGGCAGCCCAACGAUUCCACAGCGGGUAUGGCCUCUCCCACGCCAUACUCCAAAGCCUCAGAGGCUGCAGCCACGUCGGGCAUCCCAGAGCGGACGGCGACAGAGCCUCCCCCAGCCCCUGCGGCGUCCGCCCUUCCCCCGGCCCAGGCUCCGUCCCUCGUCCCGGCUGGGCCCGGGCCUUCACACUUCAUGAAGGGGGCCAUCAUCCAGCUGGCCACGGGCGAGCUGAAGCGGGUGGAGGACCUGCAGACUCAGGACUUCGUUCGGAGUGCCGAGGUGAGCGGCGGCCUGAAGAUUGACUCCAGCAUGGUGGUGGACAUCCGCGGCAGCCAUCAGCGACCCGGCCUGGUGGCGUUGCACUUCACCGUGGGCGAGCAGCAGAGCCGCGUGACCAUCGACGUGCCCCCAGAGCACCCGUUCUUCGUCUUCGGCCAGGGCUGGUCGUCUUGCAGUCCUGAGCGCACCGCUCAGCUCUAUGGCCUGGCCUGCCACCAUCUCCAGGUGGGCGAUGUCUGCGUGUCGGUCGCGUUGCAGCAGCAAGCCACACCACAGCCCAAGCUGCCCCCUCCGGCACAGCCUGCGCACGCCAGGACUUCUGCCAAAGCCAACCCCAUGCCAGGCGCCUCUGCCCCCCAGCCCAUGGGUCCUCCGCCACCCCAGCACCCACGGCCCCUGGGCCAGCUCAGGAUGGAGCGUGCCCAGAGGGAGAGGGACCGAGAGAGGGCUGACAAGGAUGAGCUCACACAGGCAGGAGUGCCCUUGGGACAUGGCGACGUGGCCCCCCGGCCAAACAGGACUUUGGCAGAGCACUCACGCAGUUACUAUUUGCACAGUGAGGGGCACGGGCGGGCCGGGGCAGCGUUGGCCACCACCUCGGCCAGUGCCUCCCAGAGACGAUGGUCUGCCCCCGGCUUCCAAAGAUACACCAUCAAGACCGAGGAGGGGGUGCGAGCCCCACCCUCCGCCUCCGGCUCCUCCCGUCCCUCUUUCAUCCCUCAGGAGGUUAAACUGUCCAUUGAGGGGCGCUCCAAUGCCGGGAAGUAGCAGCAGCCGUGCCAACACUGGGCGCCGUGGCAACAGGUGUUCGGCAGGAGGAAAGUGUCAGAAAUAGUAGAGGAUGAGAAAGAAGGAGCAGGAGAGAGAAUGUAGCCUCAGAAUGUUUUGAGAUUUUGCACACGUCAGAAGAUAUUACAUCCCCUUUUUCUUUGUUACUCCAGGCUUGCGUGAGAGCACUUGGGCCAGUUAGUGCCAGCUCAAUUGCGUGCAGUGGCAGCGGUCUGGCAUGGCUGAGUGCCUGCACUGGUAAACUAUCCGCCGAAGCCUCACAGCCCGCUCCCCUGUUUUGUGGAUGAAACACAAGUUUGGCGAUUAUCACUUUUGCAGAGACGCUCGCAGCUCUUUGAAUAAAUGUUUAUUGAAGGAAAGUUGCUGGGGAAGGUGGGAAGAAUGGAUGCAGCCAUAUCCCCACACACCCACACACACACACACACACACACACACACACACACACACACACACACACACACACACCCCUCCUACUUGAUCACUUGUUUGGACUGUGCUACCUAAAAGAAGCCUGAAGGCAUCUCUCUUAGUGUUGAUGAAUCCCUAUUGCUUUAUUGAGCUCUUGCUUUGACUGAGACUUCAAAAUAAUUUUUUUUUUUUUUUAAGGGACAUGUCAUUCUCGUGUGACUGCACUUCUGCCCUGCCCCUCCUAGCCCACUGCUUUUCCUCAGCAGAGCGGUGCUGAGGGGUUGCCGUUUAUAGUGUGAAAGUGCUCGGCCGACAUCUCAUCCUUAAUCAACCAACCAACAAUCAAUAUCUAGGAACACCCUAAAGAUUAGAUAUGGCUCUUGUUGUAUUGAAGCCACGUUUACACUGUCCACAGUAUCAUGCUCUACCUGUGCCACAGUUUUUGUUUUGUUGUUUGUUUGUGUUUUGGUUUUUUUUAGUUUUGAAUCAGCAUUCCAACUUUCUUAGCAUAAGUGAGUAGACAUUAUCCACGUGCCCCUACAGCAAAUGGCCUAAGAAAACAGCCUCUUUCUAGUACCUCACGGCCAGAAAGGUUCCUCACCCUGGCAGUUGACUCAUUUGUCCUAUCUUUGUCCUGGAGAUAUUGUCUGGUGUCCAUCAAAAUCAUCACCACUCACCAAGCUAAGACCAAAUGUGGUUCGGGUCCUGGCUGCUGGCGACAGGCCUGUUGUCGUGGAAAUGCAGUGGCUGCUAUGAGUGGAUCUCCACUGCUGGGUUCAGGAAAGCCCUGCGCAGUAACCAAAAUCGAAGCAAUAGUCCUGGUAGAGCACAAAGCUGACUGAUUACUUUCACCCCUCCUUUGUACAUGCUUAUUUUUACUCCCAUUGUGACAGACGUAAUGUACAUAAACAUCUGUAGUCUGUCUGAAAAAUUUAUAUCUAAACAUUUGCCUGCUUCUUUCCUACCAGUUGCACCAAACUGUUGAGUUUUCAGUUGCGUUUGAUUUCCUUAGCCAAUAUUAUGACGGUUACUAUGUAGGUUUUCAAUGAAGGCAUGUUGGUGAGGUGAUACAGCAUGUUGCAUUUUGAUAAGAUGGAUCUCAGCAUUGAAAUCACAGGUGUUAUUAGAGGUCCUGGUUAUCUAAGCACACCUAGAAAGGCUUAAUUUAAUUAAGAAUAGGGCUCUUAGUCCUGUGUUUCCAUAUUGUUUUUCUAGUUGAUGUACUUUUGUACAGUAUAGGACUCUUUGUCUGUACUUCGCAAUAUUACUUGAGUGAUUUCUCAAAACUGUCUUGUAAUUGCACAAUACGUUCAUAAACGAUUCACACUGACCUGUUUAAUUGGAAUCAAAUCUUUACAUUAGCUUUUUCUAUGAAGGGAAACCUUUUGUGUAGGGUUUUUUUUCUGGCUUGUGAGAAACUGACAUGUGUGGUUGACACUGUUUACACAUUAGCCAAGCAAAUGCUGUGGUUUAAUUUUACAUACAUCAAUUUGGUUUUGGUUCGUGAACAAAUGCGAA